AUCUAAUCUGCUAACCUUUGGGACCUCAGAGCCGUAUUGGUCUAUUCUGUCGGACACGCGUCCCGUACUACCCUCUACCCUCCAUCACCGUCAGUCCACGGCAAUCUUUCGCCUUUUAUCGUCACCAUUAUGGCAUCGGAGUUACAAGGUGUGAUUUCCGGCAGAUCUAGCUCAUCAAACCACCAUUUCAUGACUGUCUAGCUAUAAGGUUUUGACAGCCGUUACGCAAGAUGCUUCGCGUCAAAUUCAGAGUGUAUCAGAAUGUAUCAUUCAUCGAUGACAUAGUUCAUGGUUUGGAUGCGUUACAAAAAUCAGCAUCUGUAACUGUUCGCACCUUCUACAGUAUCUGUUUUUCUUUUUCUUUUUUGUUUUUGUGCUUUCCAAUUGAGUCUGUCACUUCCAACUAUAAAUUUUUAUUCUGUUCAAUAUGGCACCAUCUCCUAGCAAGGUUGCCAUCUUCUUGUCUCUGGGGGCUCUCCUCCAGCAAGCAGUGGCUGCGCCUCAACAAGCCCAGCAGAAAUGUGAUGGCUGCGGACAACAAACCGUGACUAGCGCUGUCACCGUCUGCACCACUCCCCCUGGAGUUCCUGGAGGGACUUUGCCGAUUCCCGGCGAAACGCCAAGCCACCCUGGAACCCAGCCAAGCGUAACCCCAAGCCGCCCUGGAAGCAUUAUACCAAUCCCCUCGAAUACCUCACCAGGCGGAGCCAGGCCAACUGGGACGCCAACCAGCCCUGGAGGGCCCGGAGGCCAGCAGCCAGGUCAGCCAGGUGGUCAACAGCCAGGACAUCCCGGUAGUCAACAGCCAGGACAACCCGGAGGCCAGCAGCCAGGCCAGCCAGGUGGUCAACAGCCAGGUCAGCCAGGUCAGCCAGGUGGCCAGCAGCCAGGUCAGCCAGGUGGUCAACAGCCAGGUCAGCCAGGUGGCCCGCCUGGUGGCUAUCCGCCUGGUGGUGGUCCGCCGGGAGGUCCUGGUGGCGCGGGAGGCCCUGGUGGCCCUGGUGGCCCAGGAGGCCCCGGUGGGUCCGGUGGAAUCAUUCCAGGACAACCCGGUGGUCAACAGCCAGGACAACCUGGUGGUCAGUCUACAGGUCAGCCUACCGGUCAGCCUACGGGAUAUCCACCUGGGGGUAGUCAGCCUGGCGGCGGUCGGCCUACUGGCCAGCCUACGGGAUAUCCACCUGGAUCAGGUCAGCCAGGCGGUGGUUAUCCACCCGGUGGUGGUCCGGGAGGCCCUGGGGGUGCUGGAGGUGCUGGAGGUGCAGGUGGUGCAGGUGGUCCAGGCGGCGGUCAACCAGGCGGCGGUCAACCAGGCGGUGGUCAGCCCGGUGGUGGUCAGCCCGGUGGUGGUCAGCCAGGUGGUGGUUAUCCGCCCGGCGGUGGUCCGGGAGGCCCUGGGGGUGCUGGAGGUGCUGGAGGUGCAGGUGGUCCAGGUGGUCCAGGCGGUGGUCAACCAGGUGGUGGUCAACCAGGCGGUGGUCAACCAGGCGGUGGUCAACCAGGCGGUGGACAUCCUAGUGGACAGCCAGGCGGGGGUGGUGGAGGGGGAGGCGGAGGAGGAGGCGGCGGCGGCGGAGGUACACCAGGAGGACCAACCUGUCUAUGCCCAUGCCCGUGUGGCGGACCUGGUGUUCCCGGAGGGCAGGGUCCAGGAGGUCAGGGCUCUGGUGGAGACUCCAGCGGGCAUGGAUGGGGGAAAAAAGAAUGGGAAAAUCAUGGACACGAUAAAACUGAAACAACUCAUACACCCACUCGGACAAGCCCAACAACCACCGAAUCACAUGAGAAAGACACCGAAGUGGCAUCUCACAAAUCUGGGCAUGGGGAUAAAAUGAAGAGACAGUAUAGGGCUCCAGACUCAGGUUCAAGCGCUGGGGCCGAGCCCGCAAACACUGAUGCUAGAGAUCAGAGCCAAUCCGACGACGAACAUCGAGCUGAUAUUCCUAGCUUCACGCUUCCUACCACAACACCUGCUAGUACUGGUUAUCAACCCGGAUCAGAUUAUCGAUCGGGCCCAGAACCUACCAAACCACCUGCUAACUCUGCUCCCAACCGUGGUAACUCCGACUAUGGCGACUCUGGCCGCAACGAUCCAGGCCGCAACGAUAACCGUGGAGAUAACCGUGGAGAUAACCGUGGAGAUAACCGUGGAGAUAACCGUGGAGAUAACCGUGGAGAUAACCGUGGAGAUAACCGGGGAGGUAACCGGGGAGGUAAUAGCUAUGGGAAUAACAACUACGGAGACAACAAUCGUUGGGACAAUAACAACUGGAACAGUAACGAUUGGGAUAAAAAUCAUGGGGAUGGUGGCCAUUGGGAGAACGGCCGGUGGGAUCCUGGUUACGGCAGCCAGGGCUAUGGAGACCAUGACCACGACCACGGAGACAGCAACUACGGACGUCCGGGAUAUUGGAACAAUGGCCAUUUCUACGACAACAAAGAUGAUGGCAGGGUAAAUAAGUCUGACGGCUAUGAUCCUAAAUAUAACGACCACGGCUUCUGGGAUCCCGGCCGUGGGGAUCAUGACGGCAAGGAUGAUGAUAAGGACCAUGGCAAGGGAGGUUACAAGAGGGAUCUCGCCCAUGGAGAUCACGACGACAAGGAUAAUGAUAAGGACCAUGACAAGGGCAAGGACAAGGAUGACAGCAAAAAGGAUCCCGGCCAUGGAGAUCACGAUGACAAGGAUGAUGGUAAAGACCAUGGCAAGGGCAAAGGCAAGGAAGAUGACAAAAAGGAUCCCGGCCAUUAUGGUUAUUAUGACAAUAAGGAUGAUGGCCAUAAGGGCCAGGAUAACAAAGACCCCGGCCGCGGAGACUACAGAAACAAUAACCAUGGAGAAGACAGCCACCACUUCGCAAUGAAGCGAUUCGCCCAAGAUGCCAAAUCCACCACACUCUCACCCACCUCGAAAGUACGUGCGGCUCCAUCGUCCUCGACACACUCGCCCUCGACACAUUCACCCUCAUCGUCCAAGUACCUAGUAGCAAGACAAACCUCAUCAUCCCACUCCCACUCCAGCGCGUCCCAUUCGAGCUCCUCAAGGCUACCCGAGAACUCGCCGUCCAGUUCCUCGAAGCUACCAGAGGGGACGAGCUCGUCACCAUCGGGGCCGGCUAACACCGGUAUCAGGCGAUUCCGAUACUGGUAAAACAUUUCAAAGUCAAACUCACUUCAUCACAGUUACCGUUGCUUGCUCAUUGGGUGUACAACUCAGUAGGGCUUUUGUGGUUUGAUUCAAUUCGAAUAAACAUAUUAUUAAUUCAAUAUAUGCCUAUUAGGUAUAAAAGAAAGAGAGAUUGGAAUGCGCAAUCGGGCAUUUAAUUGUUACACUUAAAAAAAAGAAGGGAUUGUGGAGGGCGCAGGGGAUCAAAAGCAAAUUGACUCUUGUUACUUACAUUCACUCAAAUGUUGGUUUGACUUGGUUGCUUGACAGGUAUAUAUAUACGUGGGGAAAAUGACUAC